AUGUGGAAGUGGACAUUGGUUACAAUCUUUAUCACAGCAAUUCAAUGUGCUAGGUUUGGACCUGAUAACAGUUAUACCUGUCACUGUUUAAAUGAUGAAACAUGUCAUAAAGAUUCUGGUUUCUGUGGUGGAGGUUGUGCUACAGGAUGGUCUGAUACUUCGUGCCAGAGACGUAAUCCUUUUAAAUUAGCGCUUAAUUUCUUCUUCCCCUUUUCGCAAGAGAAUGUAGCUCUUGGUAAACCAUCAGACAAGGUUGGAACUAACAGAGCUAGAAUAGAAACUAGUGACAGAACUGCUAAUGAACCUGACAAAUGUUCUAGUUCUAGUAAUGCUAUUACUGGUAAAUGGUGGGGAAUAGAUCUACUAGAAGAAUAUCCUAUAAAACACAUUAUCAUCCAACCUAAUUGGGAUUUAGCAUCAGUGAAUGGAAUAUUAAUACAUGUUAUUAAAGAGAAAGGAGAACCAGAACUAUGUUAUAAAGAAGGUCUGAGUUCGACGCCACCAAUUGUUAAAAAUAUAGAGUGUAGUCAUGUUAUAUAUGGUCGUUAUGUUAAUAUCAGUAAUGAUCGUAUCAGUCAUAAUGGAAGAUAUUUAACAUUAUGUGAAGUAGAGAUAUAUGUAUGUUCUGUAGGAACGUUUGGUUCAGAUUGUACCAACUUCUGUCAUUGUUUAAAUAAUGAAAGAUGUUCAGAGACUGGUGAAUGUCCUAAUGGUUGUUCUGAUGGAUGGACAGGAACAACUUGUAGUCAAAUGUGUGAUAAUGGUACAUACGGUGCUGGAUGUUUAAAACUAUGUUCAGAUAGAAAUUGUUUAGUAGAAACAUCACCAUGUCAUCAUAUCUAUGGUAGCUGUCAAGGUGGUUGUACGGAAGGUUUUUAUGGUGAAGUUUGUGAUAUGAAAUGUUCAGAUAGAAAAUGUAAAGAUAGCAAUUUACAAUGUGAGAGUAAAACAGGAGAAUGUAUUGAUGGAUGUCAACCAGGAUACCAGUCAAUAGAUUGUACACGAGAAUGUUAUAAUGGAAAAUAUGGACAAGACUGUUUGUUAAAUUGUUCAUCAAGAUUCUGUAAACUAGAAACAGAGUGUAAUAUUAUAGAUGGAGCUUGUAACUGUUCAGAUGGAUAUCAAGGAAUAGAUUGUACUGUUAAACAACUGCUUGUAUUCCCGGGAGACGCCAAUGAAGGAAGUGAAGAUCAGAAUUCGGCUAUAAUUGCAAAGAUUGUAGUACCAAUUAUUACAUUAGCUUUUUUGUUUGGAGUACUCGUGGAACUGUUCGGAACGAAACUAAGGUCAAGAUGUAAAACAAACCAGUUCCGUGGUAACGAAUCAAAUCACACUGUAGCACAAAAAGAAACAAACGUAAAACUAGUAAUUAAUCAGCCGUCCACUAACAACCAAGAUAAUCAUUCUGAUCAACUUCUUAUUUAG